CGCGAGCCUCGAGUCGUGUGAGAUCCUACGCGGUAGCUUGAACGUUCGAGGCCAAUAACGUUAACUUUUGCCUGUUGCCCACGUGGUAUCGAUUUCACACACAGAGGUCCCAGCCACUCUGAGGUUCUCAUCCUUCACUCAGGACCGUAUCGUCAACUUCCAGAACGCUUGUAAGUAAGUUAUGCUUUGGUGCCUUUGACAGAUUCUGGAGCAUCAAAGCGGCGAUACGCAGAGAUGACGUCGAGGAGAAACUACGUCACGAGUGGCGAUGACGAUAAAGCUCUCCCUAUAAACCAUCCAUCAGCACCGCCCGCUACAUCCCCCAUACAAUGUCAUCUGGAUUAAAGUCAGCCUUGGCCAAAGUCAAACACCGUCUCUCCAGUCCUUCUCCUGCUCACUCCAAAAAUUCAUCCAAGUCUUCCCUCGCCAACGGUCAUACAUCCACACCCUCCUCUCGUCAUUCCAAGGAACUCGAACGACUAGAAAUCAAACGCAAAACAGAAAAGAGACUCCAAGAAGAGGAUAAUCGUCGCAAGGAGGAAUUCGAACAAGCCUAUGAACAGGAUCUCCCCGAAAUACGUGCUCGCUAUGGCCCCCUUCCCGUCGUUGAAGUAGACGAACGCGAGGAACGAGACAAGGUCCGCCUUUCCUUGGAAUCCCUUUCCUCCGAUUCCAUAGAGAAACCCGUCGCGUUUCGAGCACGAGUCCACACAGUUCGUGCUGUGAGCCCCAAACUCACCUUUUUCGUCUUGCGACAACAAAUCACAACCAUCCAAGCCGUCCUCCAACACCAAGAAGGCCUCACUUCCGAAACCUUCCUCCGGUGGGCAGAACACCUCAAACCCGAAUCUUUCGUUCUCGUCUCCGGUACCGUUCAAAAACCCAAAGAACCCAUCAAAAGCACUACCAUCCACGACCUUGAAAUCCACAUCGACUCCCUCCAUCUCAUCUCUCAACCGACUCAACCCGUCCCAUUCACUGUCUACAGCGACGAGCUAUCCAAAACCCAGAACUUACACCACCUCACUGACCGUGCACGCAUGGAACACCGCAUCAUCGACAUCCGAUCCCCCGUCACCCAAUCCAUCUUCCGCGUCAACGCCGCCGUCUGCAGAGCCUUCCGUUCCUACCUCGACUCCCAAGGCUUCAUCGAAAUCCACACACCCAAAUUCCAAGCUGGUGCCACUGAAAGUGGAAGCAGCGUCUUCUCCGUCAAAUACUUUGGUCGAAAAGCGUUUUUGGCUCAAAGUCCUCAGUUGGGCAAACAGAUGUCGAUUGCUGCCGAUUUGGGAAGGGUGUAUGAAGUAGGACCGGUGUUUCGGGCUGAAAAUUCGAAUACCCAUCGGCAUAUGACGGAGUUUACGGGCUUGGAUUUGGAGAUGACGCUUGAGCAGCAUUAUCAUGAGGCGAUGAGGGUGAUUGAUGCUACCCUCAAAAAUAUUUUCAAGAUGGUUUAUGAGCAGUGUAGGAAGGAGAUCCAGAUUGUCAAGCAGGCGUAUCCUCAUGAUGAUUUGGUGUGGAAGGAUGAGACGGUUAUUUUACCGUUUAGUGAAGGCAUCAAGAUGCUCAAAGAGAGUGGAUGGGAGGAUGAAGAUGGUCAGCCACCGAAUGAGUUUGAGGAUUUGGGGACGAGAGACGAGAUUCAGUUGGGGAAGUUGGUGAAGGAGAAGUAUGGAACGGAUUAUUACAUCCUCGACAAGUUCCCUGCUGAACCGAGGCCGUUUUAUACGAUGCCUGAUCCUCAGGAUGACAGGACGACGAACAGUUUCGAUAUUUUCUUGAGAGGGCAGGAAAUUCUUUCGGGCGGUCAGAGGAUUCAUGAUGCGAGGAUGUUGGAAGAACGGAUGGCCAACUUGGGAAUUGUAGUUGCUGGUGCGUUGAAGGAGUACGUGCAAGGGUUCCGAUGGGGCUGCCCACCACACGCAGGAGGAGGGAUUGGCCUCGAACGGCUAGUGAUGCUCCUCCUCAACCUCCCCGACAUCCGACACGCCUCUCUCUUCCACCGAGACCCCAAAUCUCUCCCAGCCGAUCAUAUACCCCCUGCACUCCGCCACCCCGAAUGCGAUACGAUGAACCCCCCUUGGGAUUCUGCAGAUGCUACCAUCGAACCACCACAGACGGAAAAAGAAAUCAGCGUCUUGAUGCCAUUAGAAAAAUUAAUAGCCAACUACGGCGACGCAUCCAACACUUCGUGGACAGACGACCGAUAUCGGGUAUGGCGGCAUCUCCCCACAGGCGCUGCUAUCGGAUACGUACCAGCCAAAGGGGGAUACGCGAUCAUCGUCGGAGAUCCACUUUGUGAUCCUAAACAACACGGAGAAGUCAUCAACGCAUUUAUUCCUUGGGUGAGGAAACAUGUGGGGAAACCGAUAUGGAUGUUGGUUUCUGGAGCUGUGGAGGGUGUGCUUGGGGCUGAUAUGGGGUGGAAGACUAUAUCGUGUGUUGCGGAGGAUCGGACGGAUACGGUUGAUAAUCGGGCUGUCCAGGAUGCGGCUGUUCAGAAGAAGGUGAGGCAUGCGAAGAAGGAGGGUGUUAGGGUUUUGGAGACGAAGCAGGGGGAGAUGCCACCUGAGGAUAUUGUGAAGAGGACGGAUGAGAGGAUUAGGGAGUGGGUGGAGGAGAGGAAGAAUAAGGGGAGACAGGUACAUUUGACGCAGUUGGCGCCGUGGAGGGAUUCUGAGCAUAGGAUGUAUUUUGUGGGGAUGGGGAAGGAAGGAGAGGUAUAUGCGAUUGUGGUGCUUACGCAGUUGGCGGCGGAACAUGGGUAUCAGGUGAAGUGGGCGUUGGAUUUUCCUGGGGCGCCUUCGUGAGUGUCCCCCCCCCCCAAACGGAUUGUUCGUUUUGUAUUGUUAAAAAAAAAUAAUUUUCUCUCCUCUUUUUACAGCGGAGCCAUUGAAUAUACUGUUUUGACUGCUCUGGAUGCUGCAGCCUCCACAGGAGCGACUCAAGUCACGUUUGGAGCUGGAGCUCGGGCGUGCUUGGAAACUCUGCAUGGAUUUGGUAGUCGGAAUCUUCUUGUCAAGUCUCUUGAACAUCUGUAUCAAGUUUUAGCUACGGAGUUCAAGUUGUAUGGGAAGAGUGAGUUUAGAGCGAAGAUGGGAGCUGUUGAGGAUCCUGUCUAUGUUUGUUUUGCGAAGGGGACGAUGGGGCCUAGGGGUGUUAGGGCUUUGAUGGAGUUUGUUGGGGAGGGUGAGGAGUGAGAAUGCAAAACAAAAGAAGGACUCGGACUCGGGCUCGGACUCUUUCAUACACGUUAAUACCCAUGGACUACCUUGCUGUGAUAAUGUUACGUUCUACCUCAUGUUACCCGCCCCAUGUUUAGAUAUACGAUCGUAAUAAAUAUACCGGGAUUUUUAGUAUUCG